AUGUCGAGCAUGGAGGACGGUGAUGCAGGAGCACCAAUGGCAGAGCUUCAUUGUCAAGUAGAAAAUGGCAGUGAACCUACACGACAGAGAGAAUCGUGGAGCAGACAUCUGGACUACAUGCUAACAAUGGUUGGCUAUUGUGUUGCAUUAGGAAACCUACUGAGGUUCCCAUAUAUCUGCAAUAGAAACGGUGGAGGAGCUUUCAUGAUCCCCUUCAUCUUGGUCCUUGUCAUCACUGGGUUCCCGGCCUUCUUCCUGGAGUCGACGAUCUCUCAGUUCUCAGGAAAGGGUGCCAAACAAGUUUGGAGCUUUUGUCCUAUGUUUAAAGGGAUUGGCGUCGGCUCUGUAUUGUUUACAUGUGCUUACAUGCCCUAUUACAACCUCUAUCUGGCCUGGCCCAUCUACUACAUGGUGAAGUCCUGCUCCAGCGUCCUGCCCUGGACAACUUGUGGCAACAGCUGGAACACUGACCUGUGUAUUGACAACGUGAACACAACCUACAGAAGUAACGAGACAGUCCUUGGGGAGAAUAACUCAGCUACAAUCACCAAAUCAGAGAAGUGGGAAAAUGUGACUCUGGCUCACACACCUGCCGAGGAGUUUUGGAAGUACAAUGUGUUGGAUGUUUCCACAGGCAUGGAAGACGCUGUGUAUGUGACCGCUCUACUGCCGUACAUUCUCCUUGUCGCCAUCUUCAUCACAACGCUGCUGCAGCCAGGUGCUCUGUAUGGCCUACACUACUACGUCAUACCGGACUUCAACAAACUGCUUGAUAUACAGGUGUGGAUAGAAGCAUGUUUGCAAGUGUUCUAUUCAUUAGGACCUGGCUUUGGAAUGAUUGGCACAGCUGCGAGCUACAAAAACUUCAAUGAACCGUGUCUCAGAGACAGCCUCAUACUGACAUUAGUCUCAGAAGGAACCAGUAUCUUCUCGGGCCUGGUGACGUUUGCCACACUCGGGGUCAUGUCACAGAAAACGGGUGUUCCCAUUGAAACCGUUGUUUCCAAUGGUCCGGGUUUGGGAUUUAUAAUCUAUCCAGACGCUCUGGCACAAUUUCCGCUUCCUCAGCUGUGGUCAUUCCUGUUCUUUCUGAUGCUGCUGAUGGUGGGUUUGGAUUCACAGGGAGGGCCGUACAUGUUUCAGCUGGUAGACUGGUAUAUAGUAUCUCUCGGGCCCUUGGUGAUAUGUACACUGGAGUGUGUUGUCGUGUCAUGGAUAUAUGGUAUAAGAAGAAUCAGUAGAGACGUUGAGAUGAUGAUUGGCAAGCCACUGUCGAUGCCUAUUAAGAUCCUAUGGGCAUUUGUAACGCCGGCAAUCUUGAUAAUCACUUUCAUCCUGACGCUUCUGCGCUACCAACCACCGACCUACGGCAAGUACGAGUUUCCCAGCUACGCCAGUACAAUCGGCUGGUUCCUUGCAGUGCUGCCCCUCCUACCCAUACCUGUCUAUAUGGUCAUUGCCGUCAGGAAGCACAUGGCGACCAAUUCCCUGAAAAAGGUAACAGACACCUAUUCUUAA